AUGACCUCAUCAGAAAAGAAUCACGUGAUCGUUUUUCACUGCGAGUUCUCAUCAGAACGAGGCCCAAAGAUGUACCGCCAUCUUAGAUCGCUGGAUCGUGAAUCGAACAAGGAUUCUUACCCACAACUGAACUUCCCAGAGGUUUACCUCUUGGAAGGCGGAUACAAGGAGUUUUAUCACCAGUUCCAGGACCAGUGCUUUCCCCAAAUCUAUGUUCCCAUGUUGCACCAGGAGCACGUGGACGACUUACGUCACUUCCGUGUCAAGUCCAAGUCGUGGGCGGCAGGCGACAAACCACGUCACAGAUCACGUUUAAGUAAAUCUGCUGGAAGUUCUCUCAGACUUACCUUCUGA